AUGCACGGCCGACCAGCCGCCACGAUGACUACGGCGACGACGGCGGCUGGCAUCCCGCAUGACAAGACCGUCGCCUGCAACGGCAAGGACGACGUACGGGUGAUAACGCAGCCUACCAUCAGGAGCGGACUCAGGGUGUACAAAAUCGUGGUGCUAGGCGACGGCGGUGUUGGCAAAUCAGCUGUCACUUUGCAGUUUGUCAGUCACAGGUUUCUAGACUAUCAUGACCCUACAAUAGAGGAUUCAUAUCAGACACAAGUAGUCAUCGACGGUGAGGCAGCUCUCCUAGAUAUUUUAGACACAGCUGGACAGGUGGAAUUCACAGCAAUGCGAGAGCAAUAUAUGAGAUGCGGAGAAGGUUUCAUGAUAUGUUACUCGGUAACAGAUAGACAUAGUUUCCAAGAGACAAUGGAGUACAGAAAAUUAAUAUCACGUGUUCGCGCCAACGAGAAUAUUCCUCUGGUGGUGGUUGGCAAUAAGUUUGAUCUACAACAUCAUCGAAAGGUGACCACGGAGGAAGGCAAGGCAUUGGCGGACGAGCUUGGUUGUCCAUUUUACGAGACAUCUGCCGCUCUCAGACAAUUCAUAGACGACGCAUUUUUCUCGCUGAUCAGGCAAAUUCGCACUAAGGAGAGGUCUCGUAGACGCAGUAGAUGGUGGAGAAUUCGUUCGAUCUUCGCCUUUAUCUUCCGACGGAAGAGACAUGCUUCUCACCGUACUGCGUAAAACUGAUUUUUUAUGAGUUCUUCAUUAGAGAGAUUGUUGUCGAGAACUGACAAACGGUAGCAAUGAUGGGAGUAAUAUCAGCGCCACAACGAAAUAGAUAUUACCCAUAACUUUAAUUUACGCGAUACAUAGUUACCCUUAUUUAGAGACUGACAAAUCAUUAACA